AUGGCACCCGGACAUCAAUGCUUUGCCUCCAUGGCAAGGCUCGCCAUCUCGACCACCCAGCGUCAAGUUACAGCCCGGGCCUCCCAAACCCUUUUCCCAUCCGUAACCCAGGCGCGCUAUGCCAGUGGUAAGGCGAAGGGAAAGAAGACCGGAAGCAAGGGCGGUAGCAGCAAAAAGACAGAGAGGAAGAAGCUACCCAAGACGUUCAAGUCUUUCGAUCCUACCGAGCAGCCCCAGUUCUCUCUAUGUGAUGCGAUACGGUAUCUUCGUGCCUUCGAGGUCGGAAAAAGGCCACUCAGCGUCAAAUACGAACUCUCCAUCCGCCUCAAGACCAUGCGCAAUGGCCCGGUCGUCCGCGAUAACAUCAAGCUCCCCACCCUAUCACCUGGCGCGACCAUGGCGGGCGAGGAGUCCGUCUUCGAGAGGAUAAGGAGCGGCGACAUGCCCUUUGAGCGUCUGCUCUGCCACGAGGACAGCGAGAACGCGCUCAAGCAGGCCAACCUAGGCCGAAUUCUCGGUCCCAGGGGUCUGAUGCCGAGUCGCAAGCUUGGCACCAUCACGAACAACAUUCGCAAGACUAUGACGUCCGGGGCUAGCGAGUUCCGCGAGCGUGUGGGCGUCGUCCGCAUGGUUGUUGGAGAAAUGGGCUUCACACCCCGCAUGGUCGCGGACAAUGUCGCUGCCAUGGUCAAGGAAAUCAAAUCCCGCUGCAUUGCUCUUGAGGACGUUACUGAGAAGGCUGUCAGCGAGAUCGUCCUGAGUUCAUCACACGGGCCCGGGUUCAACUUGAACGGUAAAUACCAACUGACGGAUCCGAGGGUGACGGAGGAGGAUUUGUCGGGCGUCAUGUAA